UCCAGCAUCCAAACACCUACAAGUCAAAGAAGAAAAAGAGAAUUUAUCCAUUCAUCCAACUACUAACACGAACAGCAGCAACUCAGAGCAUCAUGCGUCUGUCUUCUAUGUGGCUCUGUAGCCUCCUUCUCAUUUUAAAGCUGCAGCUGACUAGCAUGUAUCCCAUCAGUACUGGCUUGACUGACACUGACAUGGACAUCUUGAAGGUGCUCCUCAGCAGACUGGAGGAGUCUGUUUCAGAACAAAUGGCAGUGGACCAAAGUGCCCCUGGACAGAGGGAUCUUCUAGACAGCCUGAGCACAGAGGACGCAGGAGAUGGACCUCAGCCAGACGCUGGACUAGAUGAAGCUGAAAUCCGGGAGUUUCUUUCAGCCAAGAACCUCAAGAGUGUCCGCAAUGAUUCAUCUAGGAGAUCUUCUGGUUGCUUUGGGCGACGGAUGGACAGAAUAGGCUCCAUGAGCUCUCUGGGUUGCAACACUGUGGGAAGAUACAAUCCAAAGCAAAGAUGAAGUCUUACCAUCUAAAUUCCAAAACUGCAACGUCUCUACACAAAGAUACUUUUAUUUAAAGGCUAUUUAUUUACUAAUAUUUAUUAAAUACUGUUGCUCAGCAGAAUAUUUAAAAAAAAUGGAACCAAAACUGUUCCUUGUGUACUGUUGAAUGUUUUAAUAAAUGUUUACAAAUGCA